AUGCCUUUAUUCAAAAUGGAUUAUAAUCCCAAUGUGCUUGAAACACAACUAGACACAGAUGCUGACCAUUCAGAAAAGGAGAACAAAAAUCUCGAGGACGAGCAAGAAGAAAGACAAAUUUCGAAAGUAAAAGGAUUUGGAUCUGGAGCAGAAAAACAUGAGGACGUCACAGACACAAAGGCAACGGCAACAAGCAAGGUCCCAGAUUUCAAAGAUUAUUCAGUGAGAGAUGAUGAUGAUGAUUUGACCAGCUCUGAUGAGGACGGUGAGAGAGAAGUUACUGAAACUUCUGUUAAAUCUUGGUUUGGUAGUCACAAACAUAGUCGGUCAAAUGCAACCACAAGUUCAAGAAUAGAAACAACGACCUCUUCCGCGUCUGGUGCAUCUUGUGCAUCCGGUAUAUCAGCCGGGUCAAUUGUCGCAGAAGGAACUCCAAAUGGAUCUAAAACUGGAAGCUCAUCUAGGAGAAGCUUCAGAUCAUUUUUUAGACGUGAUAAUGAAGUUGCAUGUAAUAGUCCUACUCAAGGAGGAGAAAGCGAACAACAGGAGGUGGACGGGGAUCAAGUAAAGCACAAGGGAGGCGAGAGCUGUGUCGAAAAAAGUAGUAUUGUCGAAAGAGAUACAGAUGACUCAGAAAAAUCAUUGUUGUUGCACACGCCCACAUCACAAGCAAGUAGCUCCAAAUUUUGGAGGGGCUGGAAGCAUGCCCACCGUGGCGCAAAAGCUGAACGCAACUCAUCGGAUGUCUUGAAUUCAAAUAGAGAUGAAAGUUUAUCAAAGGAGCACAAACGUGAAAAAAACCUGAUAAAACUAGCCGCACAAUUAUCAGAUAUUACAAUUGAUGAAAAAGCUAACUUAAAGAGUGGCUACCGUGGAAAUUCAGUCUACUCAGAAAGCCAACAUAGUGAUGAGGAAGAAGAAGUUGACAGCACUUCAAGCUCUUUUGAAAGAGCUCAUACUUUGAAGGAAAGGAUUGAUGUGGUAUUUUCACCUUCUUUCGAAGAAAAAGAUGAAAUAUCACCCAUAACUCCUCCUGCAGAAGUUUCCAAUAAUCCAUAUAAAUACGUCUUCGAACCAUCCUCAUUAUUAGGCAAUCAUAUGGUUUAUGAUCAUGCAUGGUUGGAUAAAGAAUCAGUCACAUUCUGCAACUUUGACUCUGCUUUAAAACUGCUGACAAAAGACGUUAAGUCUCUAUCGUCAGUAUCUGCAGGAAGCAAUAUAACUAUAUCUGAAAUAAGCAAAGAAAUAGUGGAUUUCGUGAGACACAUAGUUGACAUUCAAGAGGAAAACGGGAAAGAAAGGCAGAAUUUAGAGAAUGAGCUAAAUAUUAGUAGAUUUACAUUGGCAAAUUUAGAAACAGAAAUGGAGGAGAAAAGCAAAUUAAAUCUUACUUUAAACAAGCAGUCUGAUAAUUUAAAAUCGACAAUUUGCGACCUACAAAAAGAUUUACAGUUUGGUAGAGAGCUGAACGAGGAAUUGAUGGAAAAGUUGGAAGAGACAAAAUCGCAAAAAAGGAAUAUUAAAAACCAUCAGAAAGACACUCUUAAAAAGCACGAAGUUCAAGUUACGAAGUUAAAUAAACAAUUGGAAUCAAAGGAACGUCUGCUGAGUGAGCUCAAAACCAAAAAUGAAUCUACAGAGGCCAAAGCUGAACUUUUACAAAAAAAUUUAAAUGAGAUGUUAGUAAAACAUGAAAUUUUGCAGGAAAAGCAAGGAUUCACGACUCUGCAGCUCUCAACUAUGUUAGAGAAUGAAAAAACAAAGAAGGAAGUAGAUGAGAGAGAGUCAGUAAAAAAUUUGGAAUUGACGUCAAGUAUGAAGAAUAGAUACGAAAAUACUAUUGGCAUUUUGAAGGUUGGCAAUCUAAAAAUUCAAGAGAAUUUUCAUGAUGAGAGACGUAAAGUUCUUGAUCUUCGUCGAGAAAGAAAGCUCCUUCUGAAAAAGCUACAACUUACCGAUUGCCAUAGAGCACAAUCGUUAAUUUUUAUGUCGCAUUUAAUGCUGUACUAUAGAGGUAUUAUCCCUGAUCAAAUGCUGUCUGAUUUUGACUAUCAUUUGAAAAUUUUGAAUACACCGUACUUCACAUCAACCAUCAAAUUGGAAGAUCAAGCAUUGGAGGCCAAAUUAGAAGAUUGUCAAAAGCAAGUGAUCACAUUCUAUAAUGUUUUCGCCAGGCAAACAUUUUUGGAACAAAUUGUAACGAAGCAUGUAUCGUAUAUGCGCUCAAAUAAUUUCCUCAGCAAUCAAUUGACAGGCCUCAGAAAGCAAAUCGGUGAUUACGAACACUACGUCGACCGGUUACUAAAAGAGAUACAAGAACAGAAAAGAAUCUAA